GCUGAUAGCGAAACGGCUGCCGGCGCGCGAUAAUAAUUAUGAUUAAUAAUAGUCUUACGCCCCUGAAUAUAUAUUUAAAUAAUAAAUAUCGUUUACGUGUACGCAAACGGUUGACUCGUCAAGAGCCUUAUUCGUUGUCGUGACUCUUUCGUCUUCGUACGACUAUUAGCUGUUCUGCCGCCGGUGAAUUUGCGUUGAGCAACCAUCUUCGCUCCCUCUUCUCUCUGCGAACAUAAUAAAAAAAGUUGUUUACUGACCGACCACGUCAGUGUUUCCCACCGUGGUGAUCUCCACUGUUUGCGCUUUUCCCGUACGCAAAUUCUCGUAACGCGAUGGCUUCGAAGAAUCAAUUCGUCACGUUCAACAACGGCCUGAAAUGUCCAAUCUUGGGAUUCGGAACUUGGAAGUCAAAGCCUGGUCAAGUCGAAGAUGCAGUCAAAGUUGCCAUUGAUGCAGGAUACAGACAUAUUGAUUGUGCUAUGGUAUAUGAAAAUGAAAAAGAAGUUGGAAAUGCUAUUAAGCAAAAAAUUGAUGAAGGAGUUGUUAAACGUGAAAAUUUAUUUAUUACUAGUAAAUUGUGGAACAUUUUUCAUCAGCCAGAUUAUGUUGAAACAGUAAUUAAAAAAACUUUAUCUGAUUUACAACUUGACUAUUUGGAUUUAUACUUGAUUCACUGGCCAAUGGCUUUUAAAGAAGGUAAAUUAGAAGACGAUUGGUUUCCAAAAACUGCUGAAGGAGUCACAAUUGAAGGAACUGGUUCGUACAUAGAAACAUGGAAAGCAAUGGAAAAAUUGGUCCACCAAGGUCUUACCAAGUCAAUUGGUAUAUCCAACUUCAAUAAAAAACAAACAGAAGACAUAUUAAAUAUAGCUACAGUGAAGCCAGUGACUAAUCAAGUUGAAUGUCAUCCGUACUUGAACCAAAAAAAAUUAAAAGAAUUUAGUGCUCAACAUAAUAUUAUUUUGACUGCUUAUAGUCCCUUGGGAUCUCCAGAUAGACCUUGGGCUAAACCAGAUGAUCCAUCACUUUUAGAUGAUCCAAAAAUUUUAGCCAUUGGUAAAAAAUAUAAUAAAAGUGCUGCUCAAGUUUUGAUUAAAUAUCAGAUACAGAGAGGUAUCAUAGUUAUUCCGAAAUCUGUGACCAAAAGUCGCAUUGAAUCCAAUUUUGAUGUAUGGGACUUUACAUUGGAACAAAAUGAUAUGCUAGAAAUUGAUACUUUUGAUUGUAAUGGCAGAGUUCUUCAUCUUAAUUGGAACAAAAAAUUUAAGGAUUACCCAUUCCAUGACGAAUAUUAAUGGAAAACAUUUUGAAAAUUUGUUUAUUUUAUAUAUAUAUAAUUUAUCACAUAUAAUUAAUUUGAGGUGUUUCUAUG